AUGUCAGAACAAGAUACACCAGCACCAUCGACUUCAGCUUCAACUGCAGUACAAGUGAUAUACUGUGGAGUAUGUUCGUUACCUCCAGAGUAUUGCGAAUACGGGCCAACACUAAGCAAAUGUAAAGAAUGGUUACAAGAAAAACAUUCAGAAUUAUUCGAUAAAUUGUAUUCUCAAACGAAUAUUGAGAAUGAUGUAGCUACUUUAUCGUUGGAAAAUAAACCAACUAAUGAUGCAGAGGAUAAAAAGAAAGCCAAAGUUUUUAUAGAGGCUGCAAAAAUAGAACGCGAACUGCAAAAAAAGAUGGCCUCCAAAGUUACAAUUACACGGAUUGCACGAAACAAAAAAAAAAGUGUAACAAAUGUUGGUGGUUUACAGAAUUUUGAUAUUGAUCUGAAGAAAGCUGCAAAAAAUUUUGCAUCAAAAUUUGCAUGCGGAUCGUCUGUUGUAAAAAAUAAUCAAGGAAUUGACGAAAUUGUUGUACAAGGGGAUGUUUCGGAUGAUUUAUAUGACUAUAUAUUAGAGACUUGGCCAAAUGUUCCAGAAGAUAAUAUUGAAUUAACGGAAGAAAAGAAAUCAAAAAAAUGA